AUGGCUUCGGAUAUGGAUCUUAACGCUCCUCACUCCAUGGGUACCACCAUCAUCGGCGUCACUUACAACGGCGGCGUCGUUCUCGGUGCCGACUCUCGAACCAGCACUGGAGUGUAUGUGGCCAACCGUGCCUCCGAUAAAAUCACCCAGCUCACCGAUAAUGUCUACGUGUGUCGCUCUGGAUCGGCUGCGGAUUCUCAGGUUGUUUCUGACUAUGUGCGCUACUUCCUUCAUCAACACACCAUACAGCUUGGGCAGCCUGCAACUGUCAAAGUUUGUGCCAACCUCGUCAGGCUACUGUCUUAUGGCAACAAGAAUAUGCUAGAAACUGGGUUGAUUGUUGGUGGGUGGGACAAGUACGAAGGCGGUAAGAUUUAUGGAAUUCCUCUUGGUGGCACACUGCUAGAGCUGCCCUUUACCAUUGGAGGGUCUGGGUCCAGUUACUUGUAUGGAUUUUUCGAUCAAGCAUGGAAAGAAGGAAUGACCAAAGAUGAAGCAGAGCAAUUAGUGGUCAAAGCCGUGUCUCUCGCCAUUGCACGAGAUGGUGCCAGUGGGGGCGUUGUCCGCACUGUAGUUAUAAAUUCUGAGGGAGUGACCCGAAACUACUACCCUGGUGACAAGCUUCCACUCUGGCACGAGGAGUUGGAGCCUCAGAAUUCAUUGUUGGAUAUCUUGAACACCGCGAGUCCCGAGCCUAUGAACAUACAAUGA